AUGCCUCCGCCACAUACUUGGCGAGACGGCAACCGGGACCCAGCCCGGGAAGCUCCUGUAAGCGAGACCUACAGCAGCAGCGAGGAGGAGGAAGAAGAAGCCGAAGAAGAAGCUCCCGAGGGCGACGCCACAGUGCGCCCCGGAGCUCCCCCUCCGAGCGGUCGGGUGGCCAAGAAGAGCUCAGCGCCACCACCGCCCCCAGCUGCAGCUGCUGGCACGCUGCCUCCGACGGCGGUACCGGUAGCGGGUCUGGGAGCCCCGCCGGGACCACCACCGCUCCCGGCUUCUCCGGGCCAGCCGACGACCAUCUACCCCGAUGGGACGGCCCAGCAGGGACUGUACACUGCCACGGGACAGUUCAUAGGAUACUUUCGGGUGCCUGUCGGAGUGCCCAUGGUGAUCCCCCCGAGGGUUCCAAUGGAGGCCAACGGAGAGGCCAGUGCAGCCGCCUCUCCAGGACCAGCGGCUCCCACAGCCGCGGCGGCCACUCCGGAGCCCACGGCAGUGAAGGCUGAGCCUAAGGAGAAGGAGCCACGGCACCCCAAGGACAAAGGGGAUGCCAAGAGGGCCAAGGAAGGCCGAGAGCGCCCCGAGAAGGAGAGCGCAAACAAGAAGGACAAGAGGGACCGGGACCCCAAGAAGGACAAAAGGGACCGGGACCCCAAGAAGGAGAAGAAGGACCGGGACAACCAGAAGGAGAAGAAGGAGACCCGGGUACCCGAGCCAAAGGCGUACCCCCUCAAGAAGGACAAGGGGGAUGGCCGGGUAAAAGACGAGCCCAAGGAGCCCCGCGAGCGCAGAAGCCCCUCUUUUGAGCGUGAGUUUCUGCCGCAGGCGAGGGCGAAGUCGGGUGCUUGGAAGCCGUAUAACGAUACCUGGUUCGAUUAUGACGGCAGAGACGAGCGCCUGUACCCAGAGAGGACUGGGCCCGGCGACGGACCUGGCUACUGGUUCUUCGUGCCGGGACCGGCGGGGAGACUCCAGGCCCCGUACCCCGCCGAGGACCGGAAGCGCGGUGCCAAGGACCCCCCGAAGAAGAAGAACAGGCCGGGCAAGAAGCAGCGCGAGAGGCGCAAGUACGCGGUGAGGCGCGACCGAGGUUCGGACAGUCGCGCCAGCCCCGAGAAGAAGCGCCCGCGUAAGACGGCAAAGAGCGAAGAAGCAAGCCCGCCGUUGCCGCCGCCUGCUACGCCACCGCCGGACCCCUCUCCGACGAGUCCUGCGGACCGCUACGAGAGGAGGCACGGCGACCCCUCCCCGUCGGACGACGAGGACGAGGACGAUGGCGAUGAGGACGGCGAAGGCGAGGGCCACUUUGCCGAAGAGGAGACGCUGACGGACGACCCAACGGUCACACCGCCGGACACACCGGCUCCGUCCGAAGCGCCAGCUCAGCGUGCAGAGCCGUUGCGUGCUGCCCAGGCAGCCCCGGCCAAGGCACCGAGCAGGCCGGCGAGCAAUCGCUCGCACGGCAAAGCGAGCGCUGGCUCGCAGGGCAUGCCACGCGAUGGUGCGCCGGUCAAGGCGGGCGGGCCUCCACUGCCCCCGCCGCUCAGUGACCGCAUCAUCGACGACAAUGCCGUCACGCCCCUGGGGAACCGCAGCUCACGCUCGCAACGUUCCGACCAGGAGUGGAACCCGAAAAAGGGGCCUGCCCCAGGGAUCCACUGGCGUGGAGGCGCUCCCCCACAACCACCAAAAUACGAUGCCUCCGCUCGCGACGUAGGGUCCUUCGACCACUACGCGCGGAGGGUCAGGUUGUGGUCGCAGAGAGUCGCAGCGUGGAUGCCUGAUGGGGACGCGGCCCUGCUCCUUGUGGAGUCCCUGACCGGGCUCCCGGAGCGAGAGCUGGAGUUCGUGCCCCUCUCCACCAUCGAGGAAGGUGGUGUGGAGGGCGUUCUCAAGCGCUUGGAGAGCGCCGCCUCGGAUGCCUUGGUGUACCGCAAGCACCACUACCUCCGUACGUGGGAGAGCAUCCGGAGGCACGGCGGCGAGUCCAUGCAGGCCUACGUCCACAGGUUCGACCAGACCCACAAGCAGCUCGGCGCGAAUGGUGCUCAUUGCUCCGGCCAGAGCUUCGAGUGGAUCCCGAUCCGUGACUCCCUGCUUCUGCAGUAUCCGGACACCCUUCCUGUUCCCCCCAGCCAAGCAAAAGGGCGUGAGAAAGGAAAGGGCAAGGACGCGAAGCGGGUACACCUCACGGAGGCUCCCGACGAGGCCACCGGAGAGGCUGCUGAGCCCCAGGCCGAAGACGCCGAGCUCGAGGAAAUCUCCAAGGCCAUGGAGGUCCUCACAGUGACGGCCCAGAAGCUAAAGUCCUUCACGCAAGGACGCCGGUGGACGGACGGGAAGGGCACUGGCUCGACCUCCUCCACUGGGCAGCCCAAGGGCAAAGGCAAAGGCGCCUCCCGUGUCCACGUGGCGGAGGAGGAGGAAGCUCCUCACGAGGGUGGCUACGAGGAGCCGCCGCCCGAAGAGCAGGCCUACGACGACCAACCCUACGACGAGUACUACGAUGCUGCCAAGACGGUCUCCCAGGUGCUGACCAACGCACCGGAGACGGCCUACCUGGCCCACUGUGCGACCUUGCGCCCUUUUGGCCUGAGUUGCAAGUGGCUGCCAGAGUCCGAGCGCUUCAAGUUCGGCGCAGGCAAGCCGGCGAUGAGCUCUGCCUCGCUGGCGAUCCCCGCAGGCAUUGACGGCAGGCCGAUGGUCUUGGUGGCCUCCCUGCUUGCCGCGGAGAUCCCGCUGCUGGCGUCCCUCAAGAUGCUGAAGCAGCUUGGAGCGGUGCUCGACCUCCCUUCUGAGAAAGCCUUCCUCGGCUCCCUCCAGAUCGAGGUCCCCCUCCACGUGACAUUGGGCGGACACCUCGCCAUCUGUGUCACGUCUUUUCCUGUCGACGGACUUCCGUGCGACCUGGACCGGUGGCACUACCGACGUGCCCCAACUGAGGAGGUGCUCUUCGGCCCUGCAAAAAGCGAACAGAACGCUGCAAGUGCCGACAACCACGGUCUGUCUGAGAGUGAAGCACUUCAAGUGAGACCCUCUGCUGAAGUGCGCGCCUCCGCAGCCGUUGGUUCGAGCCCCUCUCCUGCAAGUGGCGUGGUAGCCCCGACUAGCUGCCAUGCACGGACGCGUAGUGCCCCAGCCCCCGCUCUGGCUGUGCGCAUGGCGUCGCCUCCUGGUGGAGGUCCUCACCUUGAGGAGCCGCCUCUUGAAGGUGCUGAUGCGCCAGAGCUGCCGGCUCGAAGUGGACUGGGCGAGGAACAUGCUGCAGGCAUCGAUCCCCCCAGCAACGGUCACCGCGGCAAACUGCACGCAUCCGACCAACGAGAUCAACCGCUAUGGGAACGCAAUUGGCAGGUACGCCCUGUGCAGGGUGUGGGGUACCCGGUGGAAGUGGCACGACGACCCCGCUGGCUGGGUCUACUGGCCUCAGUCACGUGGGCGGUCUACUCUGCCCUUGCCAACGCCGACUACGGUUGUGGCCCCGAACACGGCCCCCGGUACGAAGGCCAAAGCCAAGGCAGCGCCCAAGGCACAGCCUUCGAGUACCCCUUCCUCGGUGAGCUCCCAACGCUUCCGUCCUCGGACCCGCAGGGCACCUCAGGAGUUCGACCUGUCGAGCCUCGCAUCGGGGAUGAGCUACGAGCCGGAAGACUCGAGCGAGCACGAGUUCUACGACUGGACUCGGACUUCCUGAAGACCGGUCAGAGGAAGCGGUUGGCGGGAGUGGCUCGGAAGGCAGGGGCAGCCUUGGGACUGGAGCUGUCCACGCUCCGUGCAGAGCUGGCCAAGGCCGUGAAUGCACGGAGAAAGAUCGACUAUGAUCACGACCUGAUGCAGGUCACUCCGUGUGACAGCAAGGGUAACGUUGAAGCCCUCGGCCUCAAAGGUGUGGAGGAGACCUGGGACGUCGCCUCUCACCGCGGCCGGAAGAAGCUCACGGAAGCACUGGACUACUACAAGCCUUUAGUCCUGGCCGUGAGGCUGACGAGCUCCCCGGCUCACUCGGACCCGGAAGUGAGCAAGGCCGCGCUCAAAGCGCUAGAGAAGCAGCAACGGCGAGGUCACUACUGGACCCUGAUAGCUCCCCCGGACCACACGGUGUGGCGUAAUCAGAACGUCAGCAGGCUUCUCAGCAGCAGCCAUGCACACGUGACCCAGGCAGAGGAAAGGGUUACAGCUAACCACGAGUGGCUGGCUCAGCCUACUCCCGAAGCGACUCCGGCUGGACUUGCUUACCGCGUCCGCCGAGUUGUGCGCGAGUUGGAGCCUACACGGUUCCGCCGCGAGAAGCAGCGUCCGCUUCGCGCCCCUGCCUGCGGCACCUGGGACCGGGUUUCAACAAAGCCCCCGUUCCACGAAACUUACUACCUGGACUACGUCCAGGACGACCGAGAAUGGCGUGGUGUGAUGGAUCAAGUGGAGCAGGUGUUUCGCACGAGCGCCUCCCCUCAGAUCACCCUCACACCCGGUCACGAGAUCUGGAAGCGGAUUUCGGAAAUGAUCCCCUGGCGGAUUGAGCGAGUCCAGCUCGCCAAGGCGCCAAAGGCGCGGCGCUUCCCUCGAGACAUCCCCUUCACUCACCGUGCCACCGUCAAUCCCUGUUCAAAGCAACUGACCUUCCGUUCGUUGGUAUCUAACCUUCUGACCUUUUCGUUUUGGGAGCCUUAA